AUGUACUUGGAAAACAUUUGUGUAAUUUUUGAAUCAAUUCCAAACGGAAACUGGAUCCAAAGGAAUGAUAGAUAUAGCAACACAGAACUCAAAAAGAUUUGUUGUUGGGUUUUUUUUCUUCUUCUUCUUCUAGAAGAGAAUGUGAGAAUCUACCAUAUUCAGUUACCUUCCAGUCCUUCACCUCCUCCUCCUUCUCUUCCUGACUCCUUCUUUCCUUCAGCAACCUGCUCCAGUAAAGACCAGCUGCCUCUGUCAGAGUCCAUUUCUUCUCCAUCUCCCCCAAGACUGAAGUUUGUGACCUACGAGAGCGAGCUGUGCCAUUCUGCAGCUCUGACAUCCUGCCCCUUUUGCCAGACUCGGGUCAUGACCCAGGUCGUCUACCGCGUCGGGACACACGCGUGGCUCAUGUGCCUUAUUUUUGUGCUCUGCGGGCUGGUCCUCGGCUGCUGCCUGAUCCCGUUUUUUGUUAACCACUUUAAGGAUGCGUAUCACACGUGCCCUCGAUGCCGACAGGUGCUGCACGUACACAAGAAGACCUGCUGGCAGUGAAGCAUAAUAAAUCAGAAAUAACAGAUUUUAACAAUGUGUUUUGGCUUGAGCUUCAAACUGAUCGCUGUAGGGAAAAUAAACCUGUGGAGGAAGCUGUCAGGCCUGAAUCUAAUGUGCCCAAGCCAGUACUUCAGGUUUCAGUCGUAUGUAUGUGCUUUUGUU